CGUAUACGGAAGCAGAUGUUUCAAAAAAACGACAACAACCGAAUCCCUGGUGUCAUGCGACAGAGGUCUUGCUCUUCCCACAAAAUAUGUCUAUUUUUCCAAGAAUAUGUCUGAAGCCUGAGGUGGCGGAGCAUCUUAAAAGUGUAUUUUUAAACAAGGAGAUCCUGACAGCUGUAGGCCACCAAGAGGUAGAGCAUCGCUUCCAGAAUUUGCUCCUAUGUCUGUCUCACCCACCUUUACACACCUGUGUUCGAGCCAGCACCCAUCUGGCUCCGCUGGAGGAGAUCCGAUCCAAGCUGCAAGAGGAGCUGAGCCAGCAAACGUCGAGCGACUCAUCAGCGUCCGUUCAGAUUCUUUCACAUCCACAAGUCCCAGAUGUUCUGCUUCUUCCUGUUGACGGCCCAAGGCGUGUGGAGCAGCUCAGCUCAGAGGUGGUGGUGGGGGCUCAGUGUGGCAAUGCCGUACUCAGAGGAGCCCACGUCUUCGCCCCAGGGAUCGUCGCCAGCCCCAAAUACAUGAAGGUGGGAGAUGUUGUGUCCGUCUUCUCCGAUCUGGAGGGCAGGUGUACCCGAGGAGCUCUGAGCUUCCAGGGGAACAAGGUGUUUGUGGGAAAUGGAGUUGCAGAAAUGGAUCGCUCAAGUAUUUUCUGCACAGAUGAACAUCCCAGAGGUGUAGGAGUUCGUAUGGUGGAGCCUCUAUACAGAAGUCCCUCCUUUGAUGGGGUUCUGCCCAGCCUGGCGUUCCUGCAGAACUUCCCCUCUGUGGUUGUGGGACAUGUGCUCGGACCUCGACCCGGAGAGCGAAUCCUGGAUAUGUGUGCUGCUCCUGGAGGGAAAACCUGCCACAUCGCUGCCCUCAUGGGUGAUCAGGGGGAGGUGGUGGCCUUGGACCGAAUCCGGAACAAGAUUGCCCGCAUUCGUCAGAAUGCAGAAACGCUGCAGCUGCAGAGUAUUAAAGCUUACUGCUUCAAUGGCAUUCAGGCUGUGAGCAGUGACCUCACACAGCAAACACAAGGGCCGCCGUUCCCCCCUGAGAGUUUUGACCGGGUUCUGCUGGACGCCCCCUGCAGCGGCCUAGGACAAAGACCCACCAUGGCCAGCACCUGGAGCCUCAAGGAAAUCUGCUCCUAUCCGCCUCUCCAGCGCAAGCUGUUUCAUGCUGCGGUGCGGUUGUUGAAGAAAGGCGGGGUUUUGGUGUACAGCACCUGCACCGUGACUCUGGCUGAGAACGAGGAGCAGGUCGCCUGGGCCUUGAGUUCAUUCCCCUGCCUCACACUGCAGCAACAGGAGCCUCACAUCGGCGCAGAGGGCAUGCUGGGAGCGGGUUUGUCAUGCGAGCAGCUGCGUCUCCUCCAGAGGUUCAGUCCGGAGUUGAGCUGGGAUCAGACAGACGCCUCCGUCCCGCUCCAGUGCAGGGCAGACAGGGACACUAUUGGGUUUUUUAUUGCCAAGUUUCUGAAAAGCUGACCGCAGGCGUGUGCUUUUGGGAACAAACGUGUUUAUAUUGCAACGGCGCGGCGUGCUUUGACGUGCUGGCACUGACAAAGAGCUCUCUGCUGUUUACAGGAUCUGCCUCUUAACAUCUGCGGCCCAUGUAGGGAUGAGCUUUUAAAAAACACACAGAGGCAAGGAGAAUGAAUGGGGGCUGGAAAAUGCAGCAAUGCUUGUGUCGCCAUAACAACAGUGACGACACUGCUGCCAUGGUGACGGUGGAUUCUCCGGAUCAGGAAGUAGUGAGCAGAAAGAGGUCAUGAGAGGUAUUAACAAUUUAGCAUCUUUAGCAGCACAGGAGACGAGAGGGAGGGGUAAUUAAUUAGUCGAGUGAUGCAUCUGCCUGAACCACUGCAGUAUCCAGGAGGAAGUCACGUUUUUUCACAAUAAAAGCAUGUGUUAUUGAAAUCUUGA